UGCCCAGUAUUUUGAUCAGUUGCCUGCUGAAAUGAUGGCCGUUAUUACAAUGCAUAAGCUAAUGGGACUGUUGAUGACCGGGGGAGGAUAUGGCAGUGCUAGAGUGGUACAAGCUGCCUGCCAUAUUGGUGAAGCCAUUGAGCAUGAGAAUACACAAGUUUCUGGAGAAGACCAAACGGAAGAAUGCAAUGAAUAAGAAUCCUGAGAAAGAAACUGAACCAGUGGCUAAGGCAGAAGAUAGACUAAGGAAAAAGGUCAAUGUUCUGAUGAAAAAGCAGAAGCUUCAUCAAGUAAGGGAGAUAGUAAAACAUCAUGAUGCUUCAAAGCCCUGGGGGCAGGAUGCUCAAGUUAAGGUUGGAUGCCGUUUGAUUCAGAUUAUGAUGGAAACAGCCUACAUACAGCCUCCAGUCGAUCAGUUUGAAGAUGGUCCACCUGAUAUUCGACCUGCAUUUGUUCACACACUUAAGACUGUUGAAACACAGAGGGGCAGCAGGAGAUAUGGGGUGAUUGAGUGUGACCCUCUAGUAAGGAAGGGCCUGGAGAGAACAGCUAAGCACAUGGUGAUUCCAUAUAUGCCAAUGCUGGUCCCUCCCCUGAACUGGACAGGGUAUGACAGAGGUGCUUAUUUGUUUUUGCCUUCCUAUAUCAUGCGUACACAUGGAGCAAAACAACAGCGAGAGGCUCUUAGGAGAUGUCCAAAACAGCAACUAGAACCAGUUUUCCAGGCGCUUGACACACUUGGAAGUACAAAAUGGAGAGUUAAUAAAAGGGUGCUUGGUGUCAUAGACAGAAUUUGGGCCAGCGGUGGCCGUCUUGCAGAUUUAGUUGACCGUGACGAUAUCCCUUUGCCAGAAGAGCCAGACACCGAAGAUGAAAGAGAAAUCAGGAAAUGGAAGUGGAAAGUUAAUAAUGUGAAAAAAGAGAACAGUGAGAGGCAUUCGCAGCGGUGUGAUAUAGAACUUAAGCUUGCUGUUGCUCGGAAAAUGAAGGAUGAGGAGGGCUUCUUUUAUCCACACAAUCUUGAUUUCCGAGGCCGUGCAUAUCCCAUGCACCCACAUUUGAACCAUCUUGGGUCUGAUCUAUGCCGUGGAAUCCUUGAAUUUGCAGAGGGGCGUCCACUUGGAAACUCAGGCUUGAACUGGUUGAAAAUACAUUUGGCAAAUGUUUAUGGUGGUGGUGUGGACAAGUUAUCUCAUGAAGGUCGUGCAGCAUUUGCCGAAAACCAUUUGGAGGACAUAUUUGAUUCUGCAGACAGGCCUCUUGAAGGAAGGCGUUGGUGGUUGAAUGCAGAGGAUUCCUUUCAGUGCUUAGCAACAUGCAUGAAUCUCUCUGAAGCAUUGAGAAGUCCCUCUCCAGAGACUACCAUGUCACACUUGCCUAUCCACCAGGAUGGUUCAUGCAAUGGCCUGCAACAUUAUGCUGCUCUUGGAAGGGAUAAGUUGGGAGCGGCAGCAGUCAAUCUUGUUGCUGGUGAAAAGCCUGCCGAUGUUUAUUCUGGAAUUGCUGCUAGGUAAGCUAGAUUUCUGGAU